UUGAAUCCAAUUCCAAACUCAGCCUCAUUCUCCUUCCUCCGUCCCAACUGCAACUUGUUUCAACGAUUCGUGGGACCUCACACGAAGAAUUUUAGCAAAAAAAUGAGAGAGAAAUUCAGUUGCUUCUUGCACGAUCUCUAAAACACACACAAAAUCAAUCGAAAGAAACCCAAAAAAAAAAUCCAAAGGGAAAAUUAAGAGUGGUUCCUUCUUCUUCAUUUUCCUCUGUUUCAAUCGAAUACAGCGUCGUAUCGUGUGCGUUUCCUGUUUCUUCGCUUUCAGGUCAAGCAGACCGAGGCUUAGCUUCGCGGCGGAGGAUCAGAACAAGGUUGUUGAGCUCUCAAAUUGUUCUAUUCAAUGGUUGAUGGGAGUAUGAAUUUGUCAAUGGCCACUAACAGAACUGAUGGUGGUAAUCUGAGAAGAUUUUCGAUGGGAAAAGCAAGCUUAUCGGGUAUCGAUGAUCAAAUUAGUUCUCGUAGAUCCUCUACUGGUUCUUGUCAUGAUUUUUGCAAGUAUGGACAUAAACAUUCAUUAGAAACGAAGGCCAGAGUUCCCUUACUGAAAAGAGCAAUGAAAAAGUCACUCAAUGGCCAAAAUUCAGACCUGGUUGUAGCCAUGCCCAAGAAAGGGAAGCCGCCCCCUGUUCCUGUGACCAAGUUGAAGACUUCGCCUGAUUUGGGGACAUGUAUUACUGGUGGCAUCGACGUGGUAAAACGGGUGGUGCCUGUAAAUUCUCCGGCCAGGCGAAGUCCAGUAGAGAUUGUAGAUAUGAAUGAAAGUAAGAAACAUACAGUGCCAGUAAAUUCUCCUACCAGGCGUAAUUCAAUAGGGAUUGAAAUUAUGAAUGAAAAUAAGGAAAGGGUGGCACCUGUAACUUCCCCGAGUAGGCGAAGUCUGGUAGAGAUUGAAGUUAUGAAUGAAAGUAAGGAACAAGUAGUGCCUGUAAAUUCUUCUAGCAGGCAAAGUCCAGCAGAAAUUGAAGUUAUGAACGAAAGUAAGAAAUGUGUAGUGCCAGUAAAUUCUUCUACAAGGCAAAGCUCAUUAGGGACUGAAGUUAUGAAUGAAAAUAAGGAAAGAGUGGCAGCUGUAACUUCUCCGAGCAGGCGAAGUUCAGUAGGGGUUGAGGUUAUGAAUGAAAGUAAGGAACGAGUAGUACCCGUAAAUUCUUCUAGCAGGCAAAGUCCAGUAGAGAUUGAAGUUAUGAACGAAGGUAAGAAGCGUGUAGUGCCAGUAAAUUUUUCUACAAGGCGAAGUUCAUUAGGGCCUGAAGUUAUGAAUGAAAAUAAGGAAAGAGUGGCAGCUGCAACUUCUCCGAGUAGGCGAAAUUCAGUAAAGAUUGAAGCUAUGAAUGAAAGUAAGGGACGAGUAGUGCCUAUAAAUUCUUCUAGCAGGCAAUGUCCAGUAGAUAUUGAAGUUGUGAAUGAAAGUAAGAAACGUGUAGUGCCAGUAAAUUCUUCUACCAGGCGAAUUUCAUUAGGGAUUGAAGUUAUGAAGGAAAAUAAGGAAAGAGUGGCAGCUGUAACUUCUCCGAGUAGGCGAAGUCCGGUAAAGAUUGAAGUUAUGAAUGAAAGUAAGGAACGAGUAGUGCCUAUAAAUUCUUCUAGCAGGCAAUGUCCAGUAGAUAUUGAAGUUGUGAACGAAAGUAAGAAACGUGUAGUGCCAGUAAAUUCUUCUACCAGGCGAAGUUCAUUAGUGAUUGAAGCUAUGAAUGAAAAUAAGGAAAGAGUGGCAGCUCUAGCAUCUUCGAGUAGGCAAAGUCCGGUAGAGAUUGAAGUUAUAAAUGAAAGUAAGGAACAAGUAGUGCCCGUGACUUCUUCUAGCAUGCAAAGUCCAGCAGAGACUGAAGUUAUGAAUGAAAGUAAGGAACUGGUAGUGCCCGUAAAUUCUCCUAGUAGGCAAAAUCCAUCAAAGAUUGAAGUUACGAAGGAACGUAAGAAACCGCUGGUCAAGGCAAAAACUUCGCCCAAAACCCAUAAACCCAAAAUUCAUCUAACCACAAAGCAGGUAGUUUUCUCGCCUAGAAAAUCUGCCAACUCUCCAAAACAAGCCUUGAUCAAUAAUGGAGAAGUGAGAGUUUCCAAGAGGCUCAACAGUUUGUUGAAGCCGAAAACUUUGAAAGAAAAAUCAAUGAUCUCUUCUGGCUCUUUUGGGAAUAUUGCAGUCCACAGACACGACAGUUCUGAGACAGGUGAAGGAUCAAGGACCCCUAAACGAAUUGGAACAAGAAUGGCGGGAAAUCAAGUAGUGAAGUUGGAUCCAAAAUCUAUUGAUGCUGUUGGAGAUUCACCUGCGAUAAAGAACAAGAACACGAGAGUUGUUUCUCGUGUUAUAACUCAGAACAAAAUGAGAAGAGCUCCGACCAAGGAAGUGCAGAUUGUUGAACCACAGGAGAAAACCUUGUAUGUCAUCAAUACGGAAACUAAGAACACCAAUGUUAUGGAAUCUGACCACAAUGAAAAGCAUGGUUUGAAUCUGCGUCCAAAGCAGCCAUCAUCACCAUACCAGUCAUCAUCCUUAGCAAAUUGCUCAUCUCUUUCACCCCCGAAGGAAGACUGCAGUGGAACUAAAUCUACAAGAAGCAAAGCAAAUGCCACGUCUUCGGGACUGAACAAACAGGGUGGCAUAAAAAUAGGCCGGUCCCCUAGAAUGCUUCAAACCAAAGGAAAGGAUUCUUCAUCUUUGAGCGUAAGUUUCAAGAAGGGAAAGGCAGUCGAUCUUCAUUCCGAAAAUCCUAGUCCAACGAGGCUCAAAUUUAUAAGAGGAAGAUCGUUCGGGGACAACGAAAAGAGCAAGGAUGGACAGAGAACAAGCUUCAAGAAGGUAGUAAACAAGGGGAUUUCCAAGGAUUCCAUACCAUCAUCAGAGAAAGUAGUUUUAAGACAUCAAAAUGUGCAGGGGAAGAAAGAUACCCAGGUUUUGUUUAAUAAAGUCAUAGCGGAAACUGCGGGAAAACUCGUUCGAAACCAGAAGGGUAAGGUGAAGGCCUUGGUAGGAGCAUUUGAGAAAGUGAUCUCCCUCCAAGACAAGAAACCUUCUGUAAGAACCACUGCUUGAACUGAAAACUUCGGUUUUUUUUUUCCUUAUAACACAGUUAAUUUUGUACAGUGAAUGAAGAAUGAAUCAGAGCAUGAACAAGAGAAAUAAAGUUCCAGAGCUGAUGGAAUUACAGGACUGAGUCAAUUAUACUUCCUCCAAAACAAAAACAAAAACAAACAAAAGAGGAAAAAGAAAAAAACUUGUGUUGCUUAUACAUUUUUUUUUUUUUUGGGUCUUGUUCCUCUACGGAAUCUCAUACCUGAUAUAGUUGGUUGGUCUUUUGAGGAUUAAAAGAUGUUCAACUUUGAUUUAGUGGUUGUAUAUAUUUUCUUCUUGGCAAUGCAAGAAAUGACUGAAAAAUGUGUGUA